UGUAUUUUGUUAGUGAUAGUUAAGAGUGAUGGUAUGGCAGAUAAAAGAGGUGAAUAUAGGAAACCCAGAUUGUUUACUUUCAACGCAUUGGACGAAGAUGUUACUGUGAAUUUGGAGUUUUCAAUCCCUUUCCUCAAAAUUCCUGCAAAGAGAGCCGUUCAGUCGACUGGGCUUUGGAGUGGGAGUUUUCCAUCAUUGAACAUAAAUCCAGCAGCAUUGGCAGUAGGUGGUGCUGUAGUGUUCGGCGCUUCCGUGGCGCUCCCACUUCUGCUUAAGAAGUACGCUCUACAGUACCCUCAGCAACGAUAUGCUAAAAUUCUAGAUAGCACAGAAUUCAGCACGGAUGCCAUCCUGCAUUUCGCCAGCGAGUUGUUGUCAGACAAUAACUCAGUUCGUGGUUGCGCUUUAAGGAUCGCUUGCUGGACGGCACAAGAAACCAUUGCUGAUACUCCGAGGGUCUGGAACCAAGUCAUGAGCAAUCCUUUUCUCACAUCAUUAAUCAACGCGACGGCGAUCGAAGAUGCGAUGCUUUCCGGCAAGAAGGGACGAGAAUGCGAAACAUACACUCCCUGUCCGUUGCGACAAGAACAUUUGCCUACGUUAAUCAAUAAUGUUGCUGCGUUAACUGGUUCCGUGGAAUCCGUUCGAUAUUAAAUUCAAGUGUCCCAUAGCUCUCCUUUGGCUGCUUUUAAAGUUAGGUACAUUUUCUUCAGAAUGCAAGUUCUUCAUAUGUCUGUACCAAAUAUAAUAACAAGUAUGUUAACUUCAUUCACACGCAGCAGCGCGGCUUAUAUAUGUGCACGCCUGUCGCGCGCCGCGCGUCUUGUACAGCCGCACACAUUCGUAUAAUAAUGGUUGGCGCAAGAUACGACCUGCACUACGCAACGCAAGUGCAUUGCGAAAUUAUGCGAAUGUGUGCGUUCUUACACGGCACGCGGCAGGCGUACACACAUACAAACCACGCUGCAACGUUUCAUGGAGUUACCAUACUUGUGCGUACCAUACGUAAGCGUGGUACAGCGCACGAACCAUAAAACCUUAUGCCAAAGUGAUAAAAUUCCUUUGUAAGGUGAAAAACGGUCCAAGGCACAUGUAACACUGGCAAUCAGGCAAUAGAUAAACUUGGUUCGUGUUGUCAGCAUGGACUGACAGUACAGACACUAAGUCGUUUAUUUUUUUAUGAGUACAAUACAAUUAAUAUCUCUCAGCAAUCUUCGGAUUCCCAAACGCACUCGUAUUACAAAUUUCCACGUCUAGUAAUUAUUAGAACCCACGCACACGGCGUAUUUUAUACGCGCCGUAAACCGUAGUGAAUCAAUUCAAACGCGCGCAAACAUCGCGUUGCACGCAAGAAGCUAAUAUACUCCACUGGAGUUUACACUUAGAAUUUCAAAUACUUGCUUCAUUUCAAAAAUGAACUGAAAUUAACAUACAAAACUAAAAUUUAAAGUAUCUAACAUCUUAGACAACAACUUUGAUUGUACUAUGACACAGAUUGUACUUUCGUACAAAAAUUAAAAUAUUCAAAUAGAUCCUCUAAAUGCUGAUAACGUCGGGGAGAACGCUCGCUUGAAC